AUGACACACCACUCCGGGGAGAAAAGGAAGUGGGAUGAUUCUAGGACUCCAUACGACGGAAAACAGUACCAGUCGAGUCAGCAUCGAUCUCAACACGGAGGAGGACAACAUACUUCUAGUCAGAGAGGAGACUACCGAUCCAGGGCACCACAGUGCAACGUGUGCUCUAAGUAUCACUUCGGCGAAUGUCGGCAUCAAAACGUUACCAAAUGUUACAAAUGCGGAGGGAAUGGUCACUUCUCUAGGGAGUGUCCGAGCAAGAAGGGAGGAUCGGGAUCGAUGCAGAACGAUCAAGGAUCCCAUCAGCAAUCAAGGGCACCGCAGAGUGAAUCGAGGGGAAAUCGCGAACAACCCACUCAAGACUUCUGUCUCCAGCUAGAACGUGCAUCGCAUUCAUUCAUAUCUGAUUUGUGUGUGAAUACAUUGAGCCUGCCUGUUAGCAAAUUUGAACAUAAGAUGGUAGUGUCUUCACCAGUAGGUGGGACAAUAGAAAUCUCGAACAUGCUCGAACGUAGAAAUCGUUAUGGGAAGCCUUAA